CUGCGGCGGGGGCGCCGGAUAAAGCGGUGCCGGCCCGUCCGCCUCCGGCACAGGGGCGGCCGGGACGGGCCCAGCGGGGCGCCCCGCCAUGGCGAGCCCCGCACGCCCGCGGCAGGAGCUGGCGGCCGAGGAGCGGCGGCUCCGCGGCGCGGCCCCGACGGGACCCCGCGACGCCAAGCGGGAGGCGGCGGGGGAGCGGCUGGUGCUGCUGGAGCUGCGCCGCUGCGGGCGGCCGCCGUCCCCCGGCCCCGGCGAGCGGCAGGAGGAGGGGGAGGAGGAGGAAGAGGAGGGGGAGGCGGCGGCGGCGGGCGAAGAUUGCUGCGGCAAGUGCAAGAAGCGGGUGCAGUUCGCCGACUCGCUGGGGCUGAGCCUGGCCAGCGUCAAGCACUUCAGCGACGCCGAGGAGCCGCAGGUGCCGCCCGCCGCGCUGUCGCACCUGCAGAGCCCGCCCGGCGAGGAGCGGGACCCGCCGCCGCCCGGCGCCGAGCCGCCGCCCGCGCUGCUGCUGGUGCCCGACUUCCCCGACGGCGGCGAGCCCGGCGCCGAGCGCCUGCGGCGGCAGCGCGUCUGCCUGGAGCGCCUGGGGCGGCCCGCGGCGCCCACCGACGUGCGGGGCACGGUGCAGGUGCUGGGCGGCCCCGGCCCCAAGGAGGUGACGGUGCGCUACACCUUCAACGAGUGGCUCUCCUUCGUGGACGUCCCGGCCGCGCCGCUGCCCCCCGAGCCGCCGGCCGAGCGCUACGGCUUCACCCUGUGCGUCCCGCCGAGCCUGCGGGAGGGCUCGGCCCUGCACUUCGCCAUCCGCUACCGCAGCCCGCAGGGCGAGUUCUGGGACAACAACGGCGGCCGCAACUACACGCUGCGCUGCUGCGGCUGCCCCGGGGGCGGCCCCGCCGCCGCCCCGCCGGCCCCCGCCGCCCCCCGCUACUGACGGGGCCGAGGGCAGCCGGUCGGGCCGGGCCGGGCAGGGCAGCGGCCGCACCGCGCCCGGAGCGGGGCCCGGCUCGGGAGGGACGCGG